UAAAUACAUCUCUAUUUACAUAUGAAAAAAAAAUUCAGUUAUAUAAUAAAACAAUUAUUUAAUUUUGAGACUCAAGAAAUAUAAUCAUGAGAUAUAAAAAGAAAAAAUCUAAAUUAAGAAUGACUAGCCGUCGGGAUUUGAUAAUGGAAGAAUUAUCUAAUAAAGAAAAUGAGUUUUUUAACAUAGUGGAUCGCUGUAAUGUGCCAGCUGUUAAAUUAUUUCUUGAAAGUAACCAAAUAGAUUUAAAUAAGAAGAAUUACCAAGGAAUAACUCCAUUACACUUGGCAAUAAAAAAUGAUUGUUAUCCAUUAGUGGAUUUAUUUUUAAGCUAUGAAAACGUACAAUUAGGCGAUUUAAAAUUGUUCGCGAUUGCUCACGAUAAUUUAUCAAUGUUUAAACACUUAAUUGAGUAUGAAAACGAUGCCAUAAUGGGAAGAAGAUAUAUAGAAGGUAUUAAAUUAAACUAUUCGGAGGAUUCAGAAGAGUAUCCGAAUUUUAUAACACCACUUUUGUUGGCUGCACAAUGUGGUCGAUAUGAAAUGAUAGAAUAUCUCUUAUCAUGUGGCGAUAAAUUAGAAAGGCCACAUCCAUCUAAGUGUAUGUGUAUCUCUCGUUGUCGCCCGAUGAUGGAAAGUAUGGAUAUUAUAUCAAUUGGUUGUGAACGAUUAAAUGUUUAUGCUGCCAUUAGUAAUCCUGCAUAUUUAUGUUGUACAUCUUCUGAUCCAGUUCUCAAAUGUUUUCAAUUACAUCAUGAACUUUUAGAAUGUGGGGAAGUAGAUCAAGUAUACAAAAAUGUUUAUUCAGAAAUGGCUUAUAAGGUUAGACAGUUUGCUGUUGAAAUGAUAGUGAACUGUAGAACUUCCGAUGAAGUUAAAGUGAUAUUAAAAAAUUCUAAUGGAUGUUCUUUCAAAAGUGAUUUCAUCUAUCCAAGAUUAAUAACAGCUAUGGAUUACAAACAAAAGGAAUUUGUAGCGCAUACAACAAUUCAACAAGUCUUAGAGUCUGCAUGGAUUGGUGACUGGAUUGAGUGGAAAGGAUAUUCUUUCCAAAGAAAAUGCCUGUAUCCCUUCCAACGUCUUAUUUGUAUGCCACUUACUGUUUUAAAAGGUUUAAGCUCAAAUUAUUUAAAUACAAAUCAAUUGCAAAACGAAUUACCAAUCAACCGAAUGUUUGACAAUUUAGUUAUGUACACUGUAUUUUUAAUAUUAUUAUUUUACCAAUCAAAUUUGGAUAAGUUUGAUAUGCAUCGUGGAGCUCCAGAUACUACAAUAAAGUGGUUUAUUGUUUUAUUUGUUUUAAGUUAUAUUGCAGAAACAUUGAAUUUAAGAAUGCUACAAGGACCUAAGAGAUAUUUCAAAGACCUUUGGAAUAUUUUUGACGCAAUUAAAUUAUUAUUAUUCAUUAUGUCAUUUGCUUUCUGGAUUUUCGCGGAAAUUCAAGCUAGCUGGGUUGACCCAAACUUAGAUAGAAAAUAUUGGCCCUGGUAUGAUCCACAACUUCUAGGAGAAGCUCUUUUUGCGUUAGGAACGGUUAUGGCAUUCAUGAGACUUUUGUUUCUUUGCCAUUUAAACUACUACAUAGGUCCAAUGCAAAUUUCUUUAGGAAAAGUUUUGAACGAUUUUUCUAAAUUUAUGACAUUUCUAAUUAUAAUUAUAGUAGCUUUUACUACUGGAUUGGGGACACUCUAUAGUUAUUACUUAGGUAUGUCUCAAAAAGAUCAAGAAACAGAAAAAAUGUCUGUACAAGAGGAUUCGUUUAUUUCAAUAUCUAAUACAUUUAAAACCUUGUUCUGGGGCAUAUUUUGCAUGACUUCACUUGAAGCGCCUGAAGUUGUCUUAGCAAAUGAUGAUAAUAAUGAUGUACGUCAACAUUAUUUUACACAAUUCGUCGGAUACAUGUUAUUUGCUGUAUUUGAAGUACUUAUGGUAAUAGUAAUGAUUAAUAUGCUUAUAGCUGCUAUGUCAGACACUUUUCAGCGAGUAGUGGAUAACGCAGAAUAUGAAUGGUUAUUUGGACGCACUAAAGUGUAUGUUAAUUAUAUGCUGAUAGAUAAUUUACCUCCACCAUUUAAUCUUUUAUCAUUUAUACGAUUUUUAAUUCAAAAGUUAUGGUCCCAAGAAAAUAAAAAUAUUAAUGCUGAAAAUGAAAAUCUUAUCAAUAAUGAAGAGCAUAAAUUUCAACAGUUAAUCAAAGAGCUGGUUCAACGUUAUUUUAUGCAGCAAGCUUAG